CUUAAUAAGCUACUUUUUAUAAAAAAAAAAUCAAAAUGCACAAAUAUCAAACGCUCCUUGAUCCGAUUGUGGUAUGUCCAUAUGACAAGAGUCACUCUGUCGCAAAAUCUCGUCUUCCAAAGCACAUUAUCAAAUGCGAAAAACAAUAUCCUGAACAUUAUAAACUCAUGUGUCCAUAUAAUGCAUCCCACCGAUUGUCUAAAAAAGAAUUCGAGGAACAUAUCACUACCUGUCCCACACGUAAUAUAUUGGAAUCAGAAAUAUAUUCAGAAAUAAGAAAACAUGGUGCAACAAAUUUUGUACCUCCAGAUCUUUCAAGUACAAUAGAUUGUAAAGAAAAUUGGGACAUAGAUAUUAAUAACAAUCCCAUUACCAUAACUGAAGAAGAAUAUUCUGUGGGCAAUAACAUUGAUUCAAAGGCUCAUUGUGACUCUCCUCAAUAUAAAUUGGAAAAAAGAAGCGCAGAUGAUAUAUUCAUAAGAGCACCACGUGGUUUCUCUGAAGCUAUGUUAAAAGAAGUGACUGAAGACUAUUGUAUUGAGGAUCUAGAAUCAGUAGUUAGUUCAAUGGGAAUUGGCAGAGGAAAGAUUACAUUGAACACUGAUCAGUUGAAAAAAAUUGGACUAGGAAGGGGAACAAAUGAAGACUCUUGUAUAGAGGACUCAGAAUCAGUAGUUAGUUCAAUGGGAAUUGGCAGAGGAAAGAUUACACUGAACACUGAUAAGUUGAAAAAAAUUGGACUAGGAAGGGGAGCAAAUGAAGACUCUUGUAUAGAAGACUCAGAAUCAGUAGUUAGUUCAAUGGGAUUUGGCAGAGGAAAGAUUACAUUGAAUACUGAUAAGUUGAAAAAAAUUGGACUAGGAAGAGGAGCAAAUGGAGACUCUUGUGUAGAGGACUUAGAAUCAGUAGUUAGUUCAAUGGGAAUUGGCAGAGGAAAGAUUACAUUGAACGCUGAUCAGUUGAAAAAAAUUGGACUAGGCAGGGGAAGACCAAUGAACAAUGUUUCAUAAGUGUAAUUCCACUUUAUAAAUAAUAGUCAACAAAGAUAUAUAUAUAUAUUCAUAUUUUUUUUAAUUUAAAUAAAAUAAUCCAGUAUUAUCUAAA